GUGAACGCAGCACGGUCCAGGGGCGGGUUAGGCGCUAUAACCGAGCAGUAUGGCGGACGAUGGAGACAGUUCGAGCGGACCAGUUGACACCAGCGGCGGGCAGGGGGCAGCGGAAGACUCGGACGGGCUCGGCCUCGGCGCGAUGUUGCUGAAUAUCACCAUUUUGCUCGCGGCGGUGGCGGUGUUUGUGGCGGUGUACCGGCGCUGGGGCCGGCGGCUCGUCUCCGACGCGGCCCAGGGCGGCGACGAGGCCUCGGCGCUUCCCAAGAUGAGGAGACGGGACUUCACGCUGGAGCAGCUGCGGGAGUACGACGGGCUCCAGAACCCGCGCAUCCUGAUGGCCGUCAACAUGAAGGUGUUCGACGUGACGAGCGGGAAGAAGUUCUACGGGAAAGACGGUCCUUACGGCAUUUUCGCGGGUCGGGAUGCUUCGAGAGGCCUGGCCACCUUCUGCCUGGAGAAAGACGCCCUGAGGGACGAGUACGACGACCUGUCGGACCUCAACGCUGUACAGAUGGAGAGCGUGAGGGAGUGGGAGAUGCAGUUCAUGGAAAAAUACGAUUACGUUGGGAGGUUGCUGAAGCCCGGAGACGAGCCGUCGGAGUACACGGACGAGGAGGACAUCAAGGACCACCUGAAACACGACUGAGCGGUUCCAUCACACCGACCAAAGCCAGGAGUCCCAAACAGCUGCGACAGACCGCCCCCAGCCCCUUAGACCUCCUCCUCCUCCUCCUGCCCCAUCGAUCUACCUGCCACUCCUUCCUCCUGCCCCCACACUCCCCCAAACUCUUCACCUCCUGAAUCUGUCCGGUGCCGUGGCUGUUCUGGAGGGGCAGGACUCAAGUCUCGACGCCCAGACCUCCCUCCCUCUUCAUCCUGCGAAAGAUUACCACCAAGAGAAAGCGAUUAGAAAACCUUCGACGAGGGCUUUUUAAAGACACGUCAGGGGGGGGGAGGGGUUGUACCAUUAGGUGUAUUUGAAACAAAACCACAAAAAUAUAUUAGUCAUUUCUCCAGAGGGGGGAAAAAAAAGUGUGGUCAACGUGGUCGCUGCUGAGCGCUGGGUGGAAGUCGGUCAGAGGUAGUCAGAGAAACACAUUGGUCAAAGAUGAUCAGUGGAUCGGGAUGGGGAAACAGAUCUCUCUCUCUUUUUUUAUCUUUGGUUCCGUCACAUUGCAACUGAAACUGCUUCAGCUUCGGACAGCUCAUCAAUCAAUCGAUUCUGUUUUUUCAAAUCAUCUCUCCCCUUUGUUGAGAGGGCAGCGCUGUGGGCUCGGCAGCGCUGUGGAAGUUGGCGGGGCGUCGCAUUUUCCUGUUGUGUUUGUAGUGUAUGCACUACUAGUUUUCUUUGUUUGUCACCAUGUGAUUGUAUUUGUUGCGUAGCAUAGCGGGUGGGCAGGCGGGCGGGAGGGUUUUUUUUUUUGUUUGUUUGUUUCUGUUUCUUUCUUUUUAUUAUUUUUUUUUGAUGGGUUUGGGGGGUUAAAGGUCCUUGCCAUAUGAAUCUUGUGAAUCACAUCAGACGGACUGAAUCACUGAAUCGGGAACACAAAGGGAAGGUGAUAAGGCAGUCCUAAUCAAUCGACUCAAUUGUUUACAUGCCUCACAAGCCAGCUGCAAGUCUGUAGAUUCCCCUGAAAAUGGUCCAAGUAUUAAUUGUGCCUUAUUUUGUUUGUUGUGUCAGUCCUGACCGUUCUAACAGAGGAGGCGAGCGGACGGAUGGAGGUGUCGGUUUUUCCUAGACUCGGUCCCCCAGACUUUAACGAAGGCAUACGUUCUGUCAGUCGUCCAUGCACAGACUGUAAUAUUUACCCACUUCACAAACUCUGUAAAUAGACCGUACGAAUUACUCAGUGUUACUGCCAUAUUUAUGUAGUUGAUGAACUCCAUAUAUGUAUAAUGCUAUGUCGUAUUGGCCAAACCCCCAUCGUUUGUGUUUCUUUUCUUUUUGUUUCUCUCAGUUCUCGACUUCUUUUUAAACGUGGGUGAAUUUCCAAAAAAGAAAAAGGAAAAAAAAAAAAGAAGAGUUGCAAAGUGCUGCAGGGCGGGACCGGGAGCUGUUCUUGCGAAUUUUUUUCUCGGAGACGUUGCUUAUCCUGUAAAUAUAUCUAUCAUUUUAUUAAAGCAUGUGCAACAACAAAGUGAGCUAUGCCGAAUUCCCACCACGUCAUGUAUUUAAAUGUUGGGUGUGUGUGUGUGCGUGUCUGCGUGACAGAGGCAGGAAGGGAUUUGUUCAUGCAUAAUAAAUCGAUUUGGUUAAUAAUUGAA